GGGAGGGUGACUGUGUGUGUGUAAUGUGUUUCCUUAUUUUUAAUUGUUUUUUAAAAUCUAACUUUGUACAUUUUGUAUUUCAGAUGAAUUUACAACUGAUUUUCUGUAUUGGACUGAUCAGUUCAGUUUGCCUCGUAUUUGGCCAAGCAGAUGAAAACAGAUGUUUAAAAGCAAAUGCCAAAUCAUGUGGAGAAUGUAUCCAGGCCGGGCCCAACUGUGGGUGGUGCACAAACGCAACAUUUUUACAAGAAGGAAUGCCUACUUCUGCACGCUGUGAUGAUUUAGAAGCCUUAAAAAAGAAAGGUUGUCAUCCAGAUGACAUCGAAAAUCCCAGAGGCUCCAAAGACAUAAAGAAAAAUAAAAAUGUAACUAAUCGUAGCAAAGGAACAGCGGAGAAGCUGCAGCCAGAAGAUAUUACUCAAAUCCAGCCACAGCAGCUGGUGCUGCAGUUACGCUCAGGGGAGCCACAGACGUUCACGUUGAAGUUCAAGCGUGCCGAGGACUACCCCAUCGACCUCUACUACCUCAUGGACCUGUCCUACUCCAUGAAGGAUGACCUGGAGAAUGUGAAGAGUCUGGGGACAGACCUGAUGAAUAAGAUGAAGAGGAUUACCUCAGACUUCAGAAUCGGGUUUGGCUCAUUUGUGGAGAAAACUGUGAUGCCUUACAUUAGCACCACACCAGCUAAGCUCAGGAACCCCUGCACGAGCGAGCAGAACUGCACCAGCCCGUUCAGCUACAAAAAUGUGCUCAGCCUCACUGACAAAGGGGAGGUAUUCAACGAGCUCGUGGGGAAGCAGCGCAUCUCCGGGAACCUGGACUCUCCGGAAGGCGGCUUUGACGCCAUCAUGCAGGUUGCAGUGUGUGGGUCACUGAUUGGCUGGAGGAAUGUGACGCGGCUGCUGGUGUUUUCCACGGAUGCCGGAUUUCACUUUGCUGGAGAUGGGAAGCUUGGUGGCAUUGUUUUACCGAAUGAUGGACAGUGUCACCUGGAAAAUGAUGUGUACACAAUGAGCCAUUAUUACGAUUAUCCUUCUAUUGCUCACCUUGUCCAGAAACUAAGCGAAAAUAACAUUCAGACGAUUUUUGCAGUUACCGAAGAAUUUCAGCCUGUUUACAAGGAACUGAAAAAUUUGAUCCCCAAGUCAGCAGUAGGAACAUUGUCUGCAAAUUCCAGCAACGUGAUUCAGUUGAUCAUUGAUGCGUACAAUUCCCUUUCCUCAGAAGUCAUUUUGGAAAACAGCAAGUUGCCAGAAGGCGUAACAAUAAAUUACAAGUCUUACUGCAAGAAUGGGGUGAAUGGAACGGGGGAAAACGGGAGAAAGUGCUCCAACAUUUCCAUUGGCGAUGAGGUUCAAUUUGAAAUUAGCAUAACUUCAAAUAAAUGUCCAAAUAAGGAUUCUGAAACGAUUAAGAUUAAGCCUCUGGGCUUCACUGAGGAAGUGGAGAUUAUUCUUGAAUUCAUCUGCGAAUGUGAGUGCCAGAGCGAAGGCAUCCCCAGCAGCCCCAGGUGCCACGAUGGCAACGGGACGUUCGAGUGCGGGGCCUGCAGGUGCAACGAGGGCCGUGUGGGGAGGCAGUGCGAGUGCAGCACGGACGAGGUGAACAGCGAGGACAUGGACGCGCACUGCCGCAAGGAGAACAGCUCCGAGAUCUGCAGCAACAACGGCGAGUGCGUGUGCGGCCAGUGCGUGUGCCGCAAGAGGGACAACACCAACGAGGUCUACUCCGGCAAGUUCUGCGAGUGCGACAACUUCAACUGCGACCGCUCCAACGGCCUCAUUUGCGGAGGAAACGGUGUCUGCAAGUGUCGCGUGUGUGAGUGCAACCCCAACUACACGGGAAGCGCGUGUGACUGCUCCUUGGACACGUCCUCCUGCCUGGCCGUCAACGGGCAGAUCUGCAACGGCCGGGGCGUGUGCGAGUGCGGCGCCUGCAGGUGCACGGACCCCAAGUUCCAGGGGCCCACCUGCGAGAUGUGCCAGACCUGCCUCGGGGUCUGCGCUGAGCACAAAGAGUGUGUUCAGUGCCGAGCCUUCGAUAAGGGAGAGAAGAAAGACACGUGUGCCCAGGAGUGCUCCCACUUCAACGUCACCAAGGUGGAGAGCCGGGACCGGCUGCCGCAGCCAGGCCAGGUGGACCCCCUAUCCCACUGCAAGGAGAAGGACGUGGACGACUGCUGGUUCUACUUCACCUACUCGGUGAACGGGAACAACGAGGCCACGGUGCACGUAGUGGAGACUCCAGAGUGCCCCACCGGCCCAGACAUCAUUCCCAUUGUGGCCGGGGUGGUGGCUGGCAUUGUCCUCAUUGGCCUUGCGUUGCUGCUGAUUUGGAAGCUUUUAAUGAUCAUUCAUGACCGAAGAGAAUUUGCCAAAUUUGAAAAGGAAAAAAUGAAUGCCAAAUGGGACACGCAAGAAAAUCCGAUUUACAAGAGUCCUAUUAAUAAUUUCAAGAAUCCAAACUAUGGACGUAAAGCUGGUCUCUAAGUGGCCGUCGGUAUUCUCCUCCGUCCUGUCUCUGCAUGUGAGAUGGGUCCUUCUCUGCUGCACUGUGUGUCCUUCAUCACUCUUGCUUUUCUUGCUUUUAAGUCUGGCUUUAUUUAUAUGGCUCUAUCAUGGCUUUUGUUUUUGUGUGUGAAUUUAGUGUUUAGAAGGGCUUUAAAUUACGCUUCAUGGUGUGGAAGCAGCAGCUGUGUUGUAGUGAAAAGACAGUGUGCCUUGUGGUCAGACUCCAGGGGUUGGGUCCCAGCUCUUCCACUGGUUAGAAGGGCCCUGGUCCUCCACUGCUGGGGCCUGGGGCUCUCGGACAGGGGAGAGGGGGCAGUAAUCAGACUGCAGAGGAUGGGGGUGGUUUUGAGCCAGUGGAUUGCAGUCUCACAUUCCUCUCAGAGUCUGAUGCUUCAGGUGGUGGUGCUGUCCUCGUAUAAUAAGUUAUGUAAGUUUUAGGGUGAAAUAGUGAAAUUAAGGGCCAAAUAGAAGAAUGAAUGUCAUCUGGCAUAACAUCUGUAUAAUAUGUAACUAUAACGUCAUUGUUAGUGUGUCUAGAAGUAUUUUGAAAAUCUUUAGUUCUUGAUAGUAUCUUGAAAUUCCAUUAAAAACCAGAACCUUUUACUUACAUAUAUAUUUAUAUUUUUCUUGUUAGUUAUUGAAUAAUAAUUCUAAUAUUCAAAGCUAACAUUGAACUUUUUUGGAAAGAUAACAAGGACUUUAAAGAGAAAAUCCCAUUAUACUUUUAAAUAAAAACUUAGUUGAAAAUGUCAUGGUUGGGAUAAAGCUUGGUUUACCUCUUCUCUGAGCUAGGGUCAGUGAUUCUGGUGUCUGUUUUACCUGGAUGACAGGUUUUUCAUUUUCUCUUUUAUCAUUAGUGGACAGGAUUCCUCCUUAUAACUGAAUUUUCAUGAAAUGCUUUCUGCAUAUUUUAAUAUAAUUAUGUAAGCCCCUGAAACUCUCUGAUCCAAAGAUUGUGAUUAGAACCAGUUCUCCUGACUGGUGAGCCUGGACUCUGCUGCCCUUCCCAGGUACUUUCAUUCAUAUUUCACAUAUGAGAAAACUGAGGUGCAGGAGGGUUCGGUGACUUGAUCACGGUCACAUGACUAGUUAGUGGAAGAGCUGAGAUUCACCCAGCUGCUGGGCUCCGGGGUCCGGGUUCUUAACCACUGCCUCGUACUGGCAGCGGUCACGUCUGCAGGGGGCGCUGUCGCCUGGUUAGAAGGAGGUAGAUCACUCCUUAUAGAAAGGUACAAGCUUUUGAUUCUGGUAACUUAACAGUGACAGUGUUAAAUGUUUGCCCUACGCAGGAGUAUUAGAGAAACGAGAAACCCCCUAUAUCACCUAGACACCAACUCUGCAGGUUUGCUUAUUCACUCUGCUGGACGCAUGUAACAAAUACGGUCUCAAAAUACGGAAGGUUUAAUGUUUUUAAGAGAUACAGGAAGUACUGAUAACAUUAGAAACCAUUGCUUGUCAGACUUUUAUUUUACUUCUAACCAGAUUUUAAGACUGUUGAAAUGGCAAAGUUAAAUUUGAUGGCAGAAAAUUACAGAUUCAUACAUGGGCAGUCUGGUAUAUUUUCUUGUUAGUACGAGACUUGAUAAAUUCUUUUCUUUCUCACUUAAUACUUUUCCAGAAAAUCAUUUUCAGAAGGAAUCAGAUUUGCUAGGAUUUUUUUCCGUCUUUUUUUUGGUAGGUCAAAAACAGUCAGACAUUCACAAUUUCAUAUGGUUACUUCUUAUAUGAGAAAAAUUUCUCUCCUGUUGAAAGGUGAAAUUUUCACCUUUGCUAUAUGUUAACUUGUACUUUGAAGGAAAUUAUCGAUAAAUUAAUAGUGAGACUCAGUGUUUUUAUUGUUAACUCAAUUUUUGGCUAAAAUAUUUCUUCUUCAGCCAAAAUAAGCAUUUUGAAUAAUUCAUGAAGCAAAAGUUUGAUAAAUAUUUAUUAGUGAAAUCCAAGCAAAUGAGUGGCUACGGUUUAUUCUGAGAUGUUUUCUCAAGAAAAAUAAAGUAGAAAUAAACAAUAGAAAUUAAUAAAUAAGCAUUAAGAAAUUAAAACGAAUCAUGGCUUAUAAAGCACUUGGUCCAAAAUGGGACCAAGGCUUACCAAUUAAUUAUUCCAUUAACAUGUCAGGUAAUAGGCAGACACUGUAAUUAUUUCAGCACAUCAGAUUUCUCAUGUAGGUACAUU